AUGGGCGGCGCUAUAGGCAAAGCAUCAACCGACGUCGGAGGUUUUAUCGGGAAUAUAGUUACAGCACCGUUGAAAGCCACAGUUGGAAGAUCCUGUAUAAACGUUUGCUCGGGGCCAUGGGAUCUUGCAUGUUUCAUAGAGCAUUUUUGUAUUCCUGAUAUCGCGAAGCUAGUUCUGAUCUCAGGCCUCUGUUUCAUAAUUUUGAUGUUCAUCACCCUCUUAUUCAAGCUCGGAAUCUGCCAAUGUAUUGUGAAAAGCAUCUGCAAAAUGUCCUGUGCUGUUUGCGCAACGUACUGGUUCGCCAUUGGAGAGAUGUGUCGUUGCUUGUGGAACAUUUUGGCCAGCACAAAACGUGUCAACCGCCGCAGAAAUCGUCUCCGUGACAUAGAAGCUGCGACUUCUGAUCACCCGAGCGAUAACGAAUCAAGUUCAUCAGACAGUCUAAGCGACACUAGACCGAAGCAGAGAAGUAUAAGAAGAAUAAAAAGAAGACGACUAGGAAGUAAACACAAUCACAACCAUCUUGGCAGCAGCCGCCGCCUCGUAAGGCUACAGAGUAGACAAAUGUCUGUACGAAUUGGAGGCAAAUCAAGAAGAAUAAGAAGUGGUAGAAAGACGAAAUCUAGUAGAGUGAGAGUUGAGAAGAUUCACAAAGUCAAAGAUGUAGUUGAUUAA